AUUCUUAUCGAAGUUCAUGGAACCCCAUCGGAGACGGUGUGGCUGCUUCGCGAUAUCGGCAGCCAAGGUUAUUGGAUGUAUUCUUACGAGAUCAACGGUGCAUGGCACAAUCUCUGCGAAUACUCGUUCAUUCAUGAAAGUGCUUUCAAUCAAUACGGAGUAACCCCAUUGGCAAAAUAUCUCAAUUAA